UAGCUCACGUUUUUUUAUUAUUUCACCAAUGUCAACGUUUUCUGCAACAUAAAUACCCAAAGGUUGCAUGCUUCUGAGUUCAACUUACCAGCUGUAAAUAAAUAAAUCGAGACAUGGCACAACGUGUGGCCGUGAGCGAAGUGGGCGGCGGGAGAGCAUCAAAACGGACGUCCAGGGUGCGAGUGGCUGUUCGGUUGCGGCCGUACAUGGAGGGGCAGGAUGAGAAGGGGGAAGGGCCCUGUGUCAGGGGCCUGGGGCCACAGAGCCUGGAGGUCACCAACUGGAGGAACGCCACCGAGACCCUGCAGUACCAAUUCGAUGUGUUCCAUGGAGAACAGAGCACCCAGCAGGAGGUCUUCCUGUCAUCUGUGAAGCCCAUCCUUCCUCACCUGCUGAAUGGACAGAAUGCCAGCGUGUUCGCCUACGGCCCCACUGGAGCCGGGAAGACACACACCAUGCUAGGCAGUCCGGAGCAGCCGGGUGUAAUUCCACGGGCUGUGAGGGAAGUGUUCCAUCUGGUGAGAGAGCAGGAGAGAAAGGAGGGAGACUGGGAGUACAGCAUUGGGAUGUCCUACCUGGAGAUCUACAAUGAAAAGGUGCUGGACUUGCUGUCGCCAGGCAGUCAGGACCUUCCGAUUCGUGAGGACAAGGAGCGGAAUAUUCUGAUCCCGGGGCUGACCUACGUGCCGCUGUCAUCCUUUUCCCACUUCCACACUCACUUCAUUCCUGCCAGUCUCAACCGAACCACUGCCUCCACCAAGCUGAACCAGCGUUCCAGCCGGAGCCACGCUAUCCUGCUGAUAAAGGUGGUGAAGUCUCAGCGCGGCCCCCCUCACCGGCAGCUGACGGGGAAGCUGUACCUGGUGGAUCUGGCCGGCUCCGAGGACAACCGUCGCACUGGCAACCAGGGCCUGCGGCUGAAGGAGAGUGGCGCCAUCAACCUGUCCCUCUUCACCCUCAGCAAGGUGGUGGACUGUCUGAACGCGGGCGCGGGCCGUGUACCCUACAGGGACAGCAAGCUGACCCGCCUGCUGCAGGACUCCCUGGGCGGCUCCGCCCACUCUGUGAUGAUCACCAACAUCGCUCCUGAGUACAAGUACUAUUUCGACACCUUCACCGCCCUCAACUUUGCUGCCAAGUCCAAGCUCAUCGUCAACAGGCCCUUUGUCAGGGAGUCUGUGUCCAGCAGCGCACCAGUAAAGAGGCCCAGUGAUGAGCAAGCAGCUGCAGGGGCUGGUGAACCCCAGAGGAAACGAGUCAAGGAGGGGCAUGGAGAAGAGGAGCAGGAGGGGCCACCUCUUCCCCCUCUUAGCCCUGCCGUUUCCACGGUGCUGGACAGGCUGCUGGCCCUGGAGAAGAUGAUGAUGGGAUCCCCUGAGAGAGAGAGGCUCAACUUGCUGAAGACGGUCGCCCAGUCCCGCAGAGAGAUCCAGGAGCUUAGAGACAAGCAGCGGGAACUGGAGGCCAAAGCACUGAAAUUUGAGAGAGCAGACCAGGACAAGGGGACGCAAGGAGACUCGGUGCUCUGCAAAACGGAGCUCUCCUCACUACACAGGAAGCAGUCCACUGCAGCCCGACCUAAAAAGCAGCAGGCAGUGGUGCCCCCCCUGCAGGUGUCCCAAGUGCAGCCUCUCCAGCAAUGUGCUGUACUGUGUAAGCCUUCACUCUGUUCCAGCAACAAGCAACAUGGCCCGGUACUGAAGGGUAAAGAGAAUAACAAGGCUGAAGACUCAUGUAUCUCUAAUGACUGGGAGUCCCGAUUAGACCGGUCUGUGUUACAGCAGUCACAGCAGAAGAUUUUGGAGAUUCUCAACUCUGGUACCCUGAAAAACCUGAAGACAUUGCAGCUCGUCGGAGACAAGACAGCCAAGCUAAUCCUUGGGUGGAGAGAGAUCAAUGGCCCCUUCCAACAGGUGGAGGACUUGCAGAAGGUAGAGGGAAUCACAGCGAAACGUUUCUCCUCCUUUAUCAAGGCUAACAUCUUGGGCACAAUAGGGAGAUGA